AUCAAAACAAAACCAAGCGCCUAAAUCCAAAUCUCAAGUUCGAGAAUCAAGACACAGCAAACAUGUCCCGCGAAGUCGUCGUCAAGAAAAGCGCCGAGAUCAACGCGCCGAGCGGAGCGCAAACAGAGGGCAUGAUUCGCAUGAACGCCAUCACAGACAUGUCGGACCAAAUAUGCGGGACAGUCAUGAUAGCAAAACCCCACACCGCCUCCGCAGUCCAUCAUCACGGCGAAGAAGACACAAUAGUCUACGCCGCGAAAGGCCACGGCGCCAUCGUGAGCGGGCCUAACGGCAGCAAGAGACAGGAACUCGGGCCGGGAGACUUCGCGCUGAUACCCGCGUACGCGGAACAUCAGGAGGUCAAUGAUAGUGAUGAAGAUAUUGUUUGGAUCAUCACGAGGGGCGGGAGGAAUCCUAUCGUGGAGAAUCUUGAGGGAUGGGGGAGGAGUGAGGAGGGGAAAUAAAUAGAAACUUAAAUGUAGUUUUUGUUUUACGGUUUUUGGGGUAGACUUAUUUGUGUUCACAUAGUUGCGCGGCAUCUCGAGUUACAUAAAUGAAUUAAAACCAAU